GGUCACGAGAACAAACACGGCCAAGGCGCUGCCUGGCUGGUCCUCUGCGGCGGGACAUGGCCAACGUCUCCAAAAAGGUGUCGUGGUCCGGACGCGACGUGGACGACGACGAGGCGGCGCCGCUGCUGCGGAGGGCGGCGCGGCCUGGGGCGCCGGCCGGGGAGGCCACGCCGCUGUUGAACGGGGCUGGGCCUGCGGCCGUCCGCGCGUCACCCCAUUCAGCAUUUUUCCGGAUCGGACAGAUGAGCAACGUGGAACUGGAUGAUGAGCUUCUGGACCCUGACAUGGACCCCCUUCACCCCUUCCCCAAGGAGAUCCCGCACAACGAGAAGCUUCUGUCCCUCAAGUAUGAGAGCUUGGACUAUGACAACAGCGAGAACCAGCUGUUCCUGGAGGAGGAGCGGCGCAUCAAUCACACAGCCUUCCGGACCGUGGAGAUAAAGCGCUGGGUCAUCUGUGCCAUGAUCGGGAUCCUCACGGGCCUCGUGGCCUGCUUCAUCGACAUCGUGGUGGAGAAGCUGGCCGGCCUAAAGUACCGGGUCGUCAAGGACAACAUUGACAAGUUCACGGCGCGGGGCGGGCUGUCCUUCUCCCUCCUGCUGUGGGCCUCGCUCAAUGUGGCCUUUGUGCUCCUGGGCUCUGUGAUCGUCGCCUUCAUAGAGCCAGUCGCUGCUGGCAGCGGGAUCCCCCAGAUCAAGUGCUUCCUCAAUGGGGUGAAGAUCCCCCACGUGGUCCGGCUCAAGACGCUGGUGAUCAAAGUGUCUGGCGUGAUCCUGUCCGUGGUUGGGGGACUGGCUGUGGGGAAGGAGGGACCAAUGAUCCAUUCGGGCUCCGUGAUUGCUGCUGGGGUCUCCCAGGGGAGGUCCACGUCACUGAAGCGGGAUUUCAAGAUCUUUGAGUACUUCCGCAGAGACACAGAGAAACGGGACUUUGUCUCAGCAGGAGCUGCGGCUGGAGUGUCUGCUGCGUUUGGGGCCCCUGUAGGUGGGGUCCUGUUCAGCUUGGAGGAGGGUGCAUCCUUCUGGAAUCAGUUCCUGACGUGGAGAAUUUUCUUUGCUUCCAUGAUUUCCACCUUCACCCUGAAUUUCGUCUUAAGCAUUUACCAUGGAAACGUGUGGGAUCUGUCCAGCCCCGGUCUCAUCAAUUUUGGAAGAUUUGACACUGAGACGAUGGUGUACACAAUCCAUGAGAUCCCCAUCUUCAUCGCCAUGGGCGUGGUGGGUGGCAUUCUCGGAGCUGUGUUCAACGCCUUGAAUUACUGGUUGACGAUGUUUCGAAUCAGGUACAUCCACCGGCCCUGCCUUCAGGUGAUCGAGGCCAUGCUGGUGGCCGCCGUCACGGCCACGGUUGCCUUCGUGCUGAUUUAUUCGUCCCGGGAUUGCCAGCCCCUGCAGGGGAGCUCCGUGUCCUAUCCACUCCAGCUGUUCUGUGCCGAUGGCGAGUAUAAUUCGAUGGCUGCAGCCUUCUUCAACACCCCAGAGAAGAGCGUGGUCAGCCUUUUCCACGACCCCCCAGGCUCCUACAACCCCAUGACGCUCGGCCUCUUCACCCUGGUCUACUUCUUCUUGGCCUGCUGGACCUACGGGCUCACGGUGUCGGCCGGUGUCUUCAUCCCAUCCCUGCUCAUCGGAGCUGCCUGGGGCCGGCUCUUUGGCAUCUCCCUGUCCUACCUCACCGGGGCCGCAGUCUGGGCAGACCCUGGCAAGUACGCCCUGAUGGGAGCAGCUGCCCAGCUGGGUGGGAUUGUGAGGAUGACGCUGAGCCUGACAGUCAUCAUGAUGGAGGCCACCAGCAAUGUGACCUACGGCUUCCCCAUCAUGCUGGUGCUGAUGACCGCCAAGAUUGUCGGGGAUGUCUUCAUCGAGGGCCUGUACGACAUGCACAUCCAGCUGCAGAGUGUGCCCUUCCUGCACUGGGAAGCCCCAGUCACCUCACACUCGCUCACCGCCAGGGAGGUGAUGAGCACACCAGUCACCUGUCUGCGGAGGAGGGAGAAGGUGGGCAUUAUUGUGGAUGUGCUGAGCAGCACGGCGUCCAAUCAUAAUGGCUUCCCUGUGGUGGAGGAUGCCGACGGCACGCAGCCAGCCCGGCUCCAGGGCUUAAUCCUGCGCUCCCAGCUCAUCGUCCUGCUCAAGCACAAGGUGUUCAUAGAACGCUCUUAUAUGGGCCUGCUACGGCGCCGGCUGCGGCUGAAGGACUUCCGUGAUGCCUACCCGCGCUUCCCCCCCAUCCAGUCCAUCCAUGUGUCCCAGGACGAGCGGGAGUGCACCAUGGACCUCUCCGAGUUCAUGAACCCCUCCCCCUACACGGUGCCCCAGGAGGCAUCUCUCCCGCGGGUGUUCAAGCUGUUUCGGGCCCUGGGCCUCAGGCACCUCGUGGUGGUGGACAACUGCAAUCAGGUGGUCGGGCUGGUGACCAGGAAGGACCUCGCCAGGUACCGGCUUGGGAAGGGGGGCCUAGAGGAGCUCUCUCUGGCCCAGACGUGAGGCCCUGGCACCUCCCCCGGGGUGCCUGCCUCGCUCCCCAGGCAGCGGCGGAUCCAGCGUCCUCCAGACCUCGGGGACAGCCCAGCCAGCGUGUGACACAUGUGGUCUCUUCGUGUUCUCAGUGCCCCCCUCCCCCCCGACCUCAUUCCUUCACCCUCCAAGAUUUCACACGCCAGUCUCCUGUUUCCUGACUUCGAGGAGUCAGUUUGUAGAACUGCUGCUCUUUUUUCUGAGAGACCGCAAGUGUGCGUAUGUAUCUGCAUGUGUGUGCACGUGUGACAGCUGGCAGGCUGGGCCCUGUGGGUCCAAGUACUGCAGCCCCCAGGACGGGCCCAUUGCCUGGAAGCAGUGCACCCUAAGCACCGCCAGCUGGAGGCCUGGGCGACUCGCUGCAGCAGAGGCCUCUGGUCCUGUCCCUCU